GUAGCUAUUCGCACUCGCGGCUCCGGCGAUUCCAGGCUUGUUUCGCUGCCCUAGCAGCGCUGCCUUCGCAGUAGCAUUUCUUGUUUUGCUAGGGCUAAGCAGGUCGUGGCAUCAGUCGGGAAUAAACAACGCAACCGACAGCGCACUACCCAACUGCAAAAACCUCCCGGUUUUCACCCCUCUUCCCCACUUGCAAAAAGUGGUCAAGCCCAUGACGUCACAUCCUGUUCGUCUGCCUGAAUGAAAAAAAGAGCAGCACGCUAAAAAAUGUUGGAAUGGGACGAAUUUGUACGCUGUUGCAGGGAGAUUGAAGCCGUCUCGGCUACGCUAGACGACGGCUGGCGUUGCGUGGUCGACAAGGAAGGCGAGCCCGGAUACACGUACCUGGAGAAGAGGUGCACCUUGCUCCACAAGACUUCCGGCCAGCGCGCCUCCUGGUCCGGAAACCUGCAGGGCGCGGGAGAAGACGAAAUCGAGGAGGCUGCGCCAGACCCGUGCUCCGUCGAAGCACAGCACCGCGGGGAGGAGGUUCUGCAGUCCGUGUACCACGUGGUCUACAGCGCCAGCUACGGAGUGCCCGUCAUGUACUUCAACGUCUGGAGACGCGACGGCAGCCUGCUUCCUCUGAGUGACGUAUGGUCGCUGAUGCCGGAAUGCAUGCAGGAGCAACUGAAGCAUCUGCGAUGGUCCACCGUCACGCAGCAGGAGCACCCGAUCCAGGGCGUCCCCUACUUCCAGUUGCACCCGUGCAAGACGGCCGAGCUCAUGGAACAGACUCGACCAAAGCACCAGGACGGGAAGCACAGCAAUUACGUGGUCACGUGGCUCAGUUCGGUGGCUCCCGUGGUUGGCCUGGAGUUUCCCGUUCAGUACUCGGCCAUCGCUGCACCGCCGUCCUCCUGACGUCCUGCGGAACUUUGUGACGGACGUCUUCCCGUUACGUUCGCAAAACGGCUUCCCGUUACGUUCUGUACGAAGGGCGUCUUUUCUGGACUGCGAUGCACGAGUCGCACGUACCUGGAGCACAUUGAACGAACGUGCGCUGCUUGCCUUGCCACUUCAGCUGCGAGUG